UUCGCGCUCUUCAGUACGCAUGUAUCGAUAUAUCGAUGUGAUUCGCCUCUCGAUUUGAAGGGCAAGCCAAAAACAGGUUUUUUAGAAGGCGGUGCACGGCGAAGCGGCGUAACGAGAAGACGGUCGUCGCUAUCAUCUUCCAAAAAGUCGUAAAAGAUGGAGGACCAGGCCAAAAUGCCAGGCUUCAACAACCCUGUUGGGACUUUUAAAAUUUUCGUCGGCAAUUUAGCCGACAAAACCACAGCCGAUGACUUACGACCUCACUUUGAGAAAUAUGGAAAGGUUGUGGAAUGCGAUGUGGUGAAAAACUACGGUUUUGUGCACAUGGAAAAAGACGAGGAAGGACGCAACGCCAUUUCAAACUUAAAUGGCUUCUCCAUUGACGGCAACGCCAUCAAAGUUGAAGCUGCCACCAGUCGCAAGGGACCCGCAUCUCAAACUACCAAGAUCUUUGUUGGUAACUUGACAGACAACACUAAAGCUGCAGAGAUUCGUGAGCUCUUUGGAAAGUUCGGAACUGUUGUGGAAUGCGACAUUGUGCGGAAUUAUGGCUUCGUGCACAUGGAGACAAGUGACAACGUUGCUGGAGCAGUGAAAGAACUUAAUGGCUCUAUGGUUGAUGGUCAGCCCUUGAAAGUACAAAUUUCAACCAGCAGAGUCCGACAGCGGCCUGGUAUGGGAGAUGCUGAGCAGUGCUACAGAUGUGGGCGUGGAGGACACUGGUCCAAGGAGUGCACCAAGGGUAGCAUGAGGAACGGAUUCAGGGGCCCAAUGUUUGGACGAGAGCCCUACCCACCACCUCCCCCACCUCCAUUCAUCAGAGAACGCAUGUUCGGCAUGAGGGAUAGCUACUAUGAUGGCAUGUAUGACCGCCCUCGCUACGAUGAGCGUGAUCUGUUCGAACGCCGUGGUGGUUACCCAGAUCUCUCAAGAGCUCGUGCUGAUUACUUGACACCCCCUCUUCCUCGCCGUGACAUGCCUCCUCUACCCACCCUUGGCACCCGCAGAGAGCCUGCCUUUGAUCGCCCUGCUGCAGCAUAUGAAGGAUUCACUCGCCGAUCUCCGCCAGCUGCUGCUCGCUAUGGCUCGACCUCGCGGUACGCGCCGUAUUGAUGCCGUGUUGAUCCGAUUCCGGCGAAUGGGAUCGUCGAGCCGAGAGACGGUCCGAGCUGAGUCGGUCCGGUCCGGUCCGGUCGUGGCGUGCAGUGGCGUGGCAUCGCGUCGCGAAGGCGUCGCGAAGGCAAGGCGCGGGAAUCGCAAUGAUCGGGAGCAUUCGUCGAGGGAAUUCGUCGGCAAACUUCAAAGUCUUCUUCCAUAGCCGUUUUUGGCAUCUUCCCGUUUGCUUUUGUAUUAGUUAAAUUUGACAUAGCUAAGGAUUUGUCUUUGGGAAGACGUGUGUUGAUAUUCAUUGUUGUUUCAACGGAAUUGCCACGUAACGGAGUGCAUGUAGUUAAGUAACUGGUUGUCCUCAACGUGUUGCAUUCAACAAUUCUUUGACAACCUCUCAUUUUAAUUAACAACUCAUUUGUAUUGAGUUAGUGAUAUAUCGAUUGCUGCAAUAUAGUUAAGGUUAUUUAUCAGAAAAUAAAGAAUAAUAUCACAGUACAAUGCUGUAGGUAGGAGAUGUCCUUUAUAAUGUAAGAUUUUUUUAAUUUUAUGACGCUAUUGAGAUGUGUAGCUAUUAACUAUGUCUUUUCUACAAUCGCUGAGCAAAAUACGUUGAAUGCUUUAAGAUCAUUUUAUUGUUUAUAUCAAGAGGAUAGACUUACUAUCAUUAUCAUUUUGCUGCACAUAGCAUCUAUAUUUUCUAUAGUAAAUCAUGAUGUGAGCUCUAUAAGGCCAUGUCUCCUCGGGAUUCUGGUUCUUGUAUAUUUUCAAAGGGUUUGCAUUUUGUCAUCUUCAUUGCAGUCAAACCUGAACCUCUGAUUUCUCAAAGCUUUCCUUUUUUUGUUUUUGGUGAUGUUAAAAUAAAUGUGGGGUAGAUCCCAGAGAAUUUUUACUUUGUCAUUUGCAACAAAAUGGCUAACACUUCAGUUUUAUUUUUUCUUUUGCUAUGAAGGCUGCUUUAUUGGAAGAACUGCAACUACUUUUGCUACAUCGAGACACUUUUUAUUUAUUAGAAGGCUUGUUGAGGUACACAAAUCCUGCACAUGGAGGAAAUCAAGCUGCCAUAUUUUACUUACUCACUUAAAAAAACAAUUGCCUUGAGCUUUUAUUGCCUUGGGGGAGAUGCAUGUCAUGUGGUGGAUAAUUUGGUCAAGUUGUUCAGGAUUGUGGCUUUGGGGAACAGCUUUUGUAAAUGCCUGCUUGUUUUGCUCCAUUUGGGUGUAACUUAUUUUUUCAGGAUCUACUUGACACUGCUUCUUGGCUUUAUUCGUGCAUCAUGUAAAUAUGGCAUUUGAUGUGUACUUGCAUGUCGAUGUAUUUGUAUUUAACAAUGAUUUUCUCCAUAGUCAAAUUUGCUUAUGAGAAGCCAUCCCCUCAAAUAUGUCAGACAUCUUCUGCACUCGCGAAUGAAAGUUUCUUAACAAUUAUGAACCCUUAACAAAUGUUGUGCAAGUUGCAAGUCGCGAACUGAAUUAUUUCCAUGUUAUUCUUACGGCUACGGAAUUGAUAUUGAAGGGUAAACCUUAAAUGUGUCGCCAGGUUGCUUAUCAGUACACCAAAACUGGGGGAUUUGAAUAAUAAAUUUUAUGACAAUUU